CGAGGCCAUUCCCCCUUGCCGCCGCCCCUCGCGGUCCAGUCCCGCCGGCCAUGGGCGAGCGCCGGGGGCCGGGGGCGCUGCAGGAGGCGGCGGGCCCGGAGCGGAGCUCAUCGAGUGCUGCUGAAAAUGGCUCAGACCUUGAUGAGGAGCCUCUUCUUAGAAAAAAUCACCGCCGGUUUGUCAUYUUCCCCAUCCAGUACCCAGACAUAUGGAAGAUGUAUAAGCAGGCCCAGGCCUCCUUUUGGACAGCAGAAGAGGUUGAUUUGUCCAAGGACCUUCCUCACUGGAACAAGCUGAAAGCAGAUGAAAAGUACUUUAUCUCUCAYGUUCUGGCAUUUUUUGCAGCCAGUGAUGGAAUUGUAAAUGAAAAUCUGGUGGCACGUUUUAGUCAGGAAGUGCAGAUCCCAGAAGCUCGUUGUUUCUAUGGCUUUCAGAUUCUCAUUGAGAAUGUUCACUCAGAGAUGUACAGCUUGCUCAUAGACACCUACAUCAAAGAUCCCAAGAAAAGGGAUUUCUUAUUUAAUGCUAUUGAAACAAUGCCUUGUGUCAAGAAGAAAGCAGAUUGGGCUCUGAAGUGGAUUGAAGACCAAGAAUCCACUUUUGGUGAGAGAGUGGUUGCCUUUGCUGCAGUGGAAGGCAUCUUUUUUUCGGGUUCCUUUGCUGCUAUAUUUUGGCUGAAGAAGAGRGGCCUGAUGCCUGGACUGACUUUCUCCAAUGAACUUAUUAGCAGAGAUGAGGGUCUACACUGUGAUUUUGCUUGUCUAAUGUUCCGUUAUUUAGUGAACAAACCAUCAGAAGAGCGAGUCCGUGAGAUCAUCAUCAAUGCUGUAGAAAUUGAGCAGGAGUUUCUAACAGAGGCAUUACCUGUAGGUCUGAUUGGAAUGAAUUGCACCUUGAUGAAACAAUACAUUGAAUUUGUUGCAGACCGGUUACUAAUGGAGCUUGGGUUCUCAAAGGUCUUUCAUGCAGAAAAUCCUUUUGAUUUUAUGGAGAAUAUUUCUCUGGAAGGAAAAACAAAUUUCUUUGAGAAGAGGGUUUCAGAAUAUCAACGCUUUGCUGUUAUGGCAGAAACAGUGGACAAUGUCUUCACACUGGAUGCAGAUUUUUGACAAAUUGGCAAAUGAACGGUGACUGUUUCCCUCUCCUCAUCUCCCUUUAUGCUGUGAAGUUGACGUAAUUUCUUCUUACGGAAUCCGAGUCUACUGGGAUUUUUUUCUUGGGUUUUCAUGUUGUUUGUCAGAGGAGUUAAUAUAUUUCUCUCUGUGUCAUUUGAAAAAAAGAGGGGGAUCAUUUCAAAAAAUUAUAUGGCUGUGUAAAAGAAUGGCCAUUUUAAGAUUCCCUUGACUCAUUUGCUGUCAGUGCUGUCUUUAAAAAUGACAUGGAUACUACUACUUUUUUAAGACUUUGAGAGUGUUUUAAGAAAGCAAACUCCUC